GUGUGGCUUUUGUAUUUCGUCUCCCAGAGAUUCAAUCCCACGAUUCCCAAGAACAUCAAAAUCAAAAGCCCAUGAGCAAAUGGAAUCGUCCACACUUCUAGCUUUACUCUCCUCCAUCUCCCAACUCAUCCUCCUCCUCCUCCUCCUUUCUCCCAAUUCCACCAAUUCCUCCAGUUCCUGCGCAAAUGUUUUCCCAAUCGCCCACAGCUUCCUCUCUUCCCACGAAAUGGCCGCCACCCUUUCCCUCCUCACCCUUUCCAGGAAACGAAAGCGAACCCAUUUCUCAGAACGAGAUUCUGAGCCCACUGACCAUGACAAGGACCAAGAACUCGGUGGCGGCGACUCGGUCCAACUGGGUUUGACUCGGAGUCCCGACUCGUUCAGAAACUCCUUCAGAAUGACCUACUCUACCUUCGAAUGGCUCUGUGGUUUACUCGAGCCGCUGCUCGAGUGUCGUGACCCAGUUGGGUUGCCGCUCAAUCUCUCUGCCGAGCUUCGUCUCGGUAUCGGCCUGUUUCGGCUGUCCACCGGUUCCAGCUACCCCGAAAUCUCGAAGCAAUUCGGGGUUUCGGAGCCCGUGGCAAGGUUCUGUGCCAAGCAAUUGUGCCGAGUUCUUUGCACCAAUUACCGUUUCUGGAUUGAAUUUCCCAACCCAAAUGAGCUUGCCUCUGUAUCGGCGGCUUUCGGAAGCCAAACUGGGUUGCCCAAUUGCUGUGGUGUGAUUGAUUGUACAAGGUUUAAGACUGUUAAAAAUGGCGGCUUUCACGAGGAGAGCAUUGCUGCCCAAAUCAUGGUCGAUUCUUCGUCGCGAAUUCUCAGCAUUGUUGCCGGGUUUCGUGGCAACAAGGGUGAUUCAAGAGUAUUAAAGUCGUCAACUUUGUACAAGGAUAUUGAAGCAGGGAGGUUAUUGAAUUCUCCUCCAGUUAAUGUAGAUGGGGUGGCUGUAAAUCAGUACUUAAUUGGAGAUGAAGGGUACCCUUUGCUUCCUUGGCUUAUGGUCCCUUUUGUUGAUGCUGCGAAGGGCUCAAGUGAAGAGCAUUUCAAUGCAGCACACAAUCUGAUGCGCCUUUCGGCGCUUAGGACCAUUGUUAGUUUGAAGAGUUGGGGUAUUUUGAGCCAGCCAAUACAAGAGGAGUUCAAGAUGGCAGUUGCUUAUAUUGGAGCUUGUUCUAUACUGCAUAAUGGUUUGCUAAGGAGGGAGGACUUUUCUGCUAUGUGUGAUGUGGAUGAUUACUCUUUGUAUGAUCAGAGCUCUCAGUAUUAUAGGGAUACUAGUUUGGAGGAGAAUUCAAUUGAGAGGAAGGCUUCGGUAAUACGAACUGCAUUGGCUGCAAAAGCAAAAGAGUUUCAAAACGCACAAGUUUGAAGCAACAUUAGUUCUUUGGUCCAAUUGCAAUCCACCUAGGAUAUUGGUUCAGUAGAGGGAGCAACCUAGAACAAUUUUGUUUUAACAGGUAAUCUCAGAUUCUUUCUUGUUCAGGAUUAAAUACUGUUGAUGCAAUUUACUCUGGUGUUUCUUUUCUAUUCUUUAUUUAUUUUGGAGUAGAAAUUGCUUUUGCAAUAAUUUUUUGCCAAUUUAUUUUUGAAGAUGUACUCAUGUUCAGCAUCUUCUACAAUAAUCAAAGUGCAAAGAUUUCCU